UCACAGGACGAAGAGAGAUGAAGCGAACUUGCGCGGACUCUGCUCCGUUUGAAACCGCAGCGUCUCGGUCCAAGAUCGACUAUUCUUCACCAUCUCAUCCAGCUAACGCAUCUCUGCAUUCCCGAAGCGUCCUCAAUCCACGGUUUCCGAGACGGGCACCGGAGCAUUUUCUACGGCGGCUGCGUCCAGCGCAGGCCAUCGCUGACGGCUGGCGCGCGAGGCGGGUGAUCAGGGCGUCUCUCCCCGAACCGCCUGCCUGUCCCCUCCACUUCUUGCUGCUGCCUUCAGCCAGAACCUGCUGCUCCAGCUGCUGCUGCUGCUGCUACUGCCUGCAGUGGGUGGCCGUUGUCACCAGGAAGUGCCACAGCCUUGGCUGGAGGAGGUCGCUCGUGAUUCUUCUCUCAAGCUCUCGUUGUCAUCAGGCACGGGGGAGGCCGGGACCAAAGCACGGUCAUAGAGGGGGGGAGAAGCGGCUCGGACGGAAGGGGCUACAACCGCCAACUCCGGGAGUGUCCGGCGGGAUGGCGACGCGCCGUGGCCUGCUGCUUGCCUGCCUGCUCGCCGUGACAUCACCGCUUGCCACCGUGGCGUCCGGGCCGGCUGAGUGCCGCAUCCUGCGCUGCAACUCCGACUUCGUGGCAUCUUCGACGGCCGCCCACACGGCAUGGGAGCAGUGCGCGGCGCUGCGCGCGUACGCCCACUGCACACACGCCACGGCGCGCGCCUGCCGCGGCGACCUGGCCUACCACUCAGCCCGGCACGGCAUCGACGACCUCAUGGCGCAGCACAAUUGCUCGCGCGACGGCCCCACGGCACCCACGCCGCCGCACGGCCGUAAUCGCGUGGCGGCCGACUGGGGCCGCGCCGAUCCAGGCGUGUGCAGCUACUCCCCGCCGGAGGGCGAGCGCGACAUCGUGUACCGCCACUGCGGCCUCUUCGGGGACCCACACCUCCGCACCUUCAUGGACGACUUCCAGACGUGCAAGGUGGAGGGCGCUUGGCCCCUCGUCGACAACCCUUACCUGUCCGUGCAGGUCACCAACAUCCCCGUGGUGCCAGGCUCCAGCGCCACCGCCACCAACAAGCUGACCAUCAUCUUCAAGGAGUACGCGGAGUGCACGGACGUCAAGAUGUACCAGGCGGAGACUGACAGUCUGCCGCCGGCGUUCGUCGACGGCUCCAAGAACGGCGGGCCUCGUGACACCACGGGCAGCCUGCGCAUCUCCGAGCUGGUGCCCGGCCGCCACGUGGAGAUCCAGGCUCGCUUCAUCGCCACCACGCUCGUCGUGCGGCAGAUCGGCCGCUACCUCACCUUCGCCGUGCGCGCCCCAGCGGCCGUGACGGCGUCUGGUGUCGGCGACGCGAACGGCGGCGGCCUGCAGCUGUGCCUCAACGGCUGCCCCACGUCGGAGCGGAUUCGCGAGAACGACUACCGCGAGCUGCUCUCGCGAGCAGAGCAACGCGCGCAAAGAUCGCGGGCCGCCGGCGGCGGAGGAGGAAGUUUCGAACCGGCGGGCUUCACGGCAGACUUUGCGCGCGCGAAAUGCAAGGAGCGGCUGCACGUGGAAGACCUGUACUUCCACUCGUGCGUCUUCGACCUGCUGACGACGGGCGAUUUGAACUUCACGCAGGCGGCGUACAGCGCCUUCGAAGAUGUCAAGACUCUCUCGCCUGACAAGGACCGCAUCCAUAUUUACCGAGGCACGAGCGAUCCCACGCUGGGGAACGCCGCUCCGGGAAGGCCCCACGGCGUCACGGGCCCCGUACCGCUCACCUUGGCAAUUCUCGCGAUUUACUGCAGCGUCCGUGCAUCUCUCUUGUGAAUGUUGUUUUUUGGCGUGAACAUGUUUAGGAAGAAAAAUAAUACGAUUUACAAAAUUGUAGUUUUUUUGUUUAUUUGAUUUAUUUAUAUCGUGCGUUCAAAAAAACGUGUAAUAUAUUGACAAAAAUGAUGGCAAUGUUUGAUGGGUGUUUUUUUUCACGCGACCUUGUACAUAAGAUUAUAUUGUGGGUGUUUUGUUGUGAACAAGUAGUGAUCUGAUGUUCUUUCUGAUGUGUUGAUGUUAAUAUUGAACUUGUGGUAUUAUUAAUGGUUGAAACAUCACCAUUUAUUCUGAACGUUUAAAAAAAUUGCUGUGUGAAGCUAUCGACUACAAAAGGAUAUUAAAAAGAUUUGGACUUUUGAAAAAGAAACUUAAUUAUUAAAAAAAAAUCUGUUCGAAAACUUUUCAUCCACUACACCUUGAGUAUUGUUGACUUUUUAAGCUGUGUAGACUACAGAGGUGUUGUGUUGUUGAAAGCCUAGCCAUAUCUGUACAUACGUUAUUUAUUUAUGGUCAAAAAGGCCUCUGUCCGUUAGAUGUCUGGUAACUGUUCAACAAUAAGCUUUGUCUACCAUGCCGUGGGGUAAAAGUGCAGUGU